AGAAGCCACACUCCGAUGAUGCUUCUACCGCUUAAAGCAAGGGAAGAUCUGGAUGCAACGUCUAUCAUCUCGUGACUAUAUCGCUGAAGGAAUCUCUAGAAGGGAAUCGUGACCAUGGAGCCCAAUCAACGGGGGUUGCCGCCCAAUACAUCACCUCUUACCAUCGAAGUAUCGUUGAAUCGUCGACGGAAAGACCUCCCUGCAGACAGCAUCUCUGCAGUACAAGUCAAGCACGACGCCAGUGUUUCCCUGAAGUUGCCUUUCUUGAAACCAUUCCGUUAUCGAUCGGAGGCUUUUGUUGUCCUUUCAUCUGCGUCACCUAGUGCUCUUGACACCAAGUUUCUCAACUCUGUGGAACACUUCCCAAAUGCCUCUACGAUUGAGUCACAGGGUUCGAAAUUUACAAGAGGUGCUUUAAAAGCAAAUGGAGAAGAGUGUAAUCAGUGUGUUUCUGAUCACACCGAAAAGCUAAAUGGUGGAGUGAACUGCAGAUCACGUGAACCGGAGGCUGGUAAAUCGAAUCGGUCAAACUUCAAUGGUAAUGGCUGCGGGUCAGAGGAAAAGGCACUUAGGAAACAGAGAGCACUUGACAAGGAUACCACACGACAUUGCUCACCUUUGCAACGACAGCGUCGAGUGCAAUUUGAAAUUAAUAACGAUCAUGUAAAUGAUCCAUCUACCAUUGAUAAUUGUUUGGAAACAGAAAAGCUGAUGGGAGAUUGUAGAGAAGAUUCUUCUAGUAAGAACUGGAAUCCCAUCAACGAACUCAAAAAGUUCAUAGAAGAAGAGAAGGGGCAACACACUUUGCCAAACGAUGUUGCCUCGAAAGAACCUUGUGAACAGUUGGAAACCAGUACAGAUUCCGUCGAAUCAACAUCCGAGAUCAAUCCCUUGUGGGUUCUCGAUUCAAUAACAGCAUCUGUAGAAAAAUGUAACUCUCCUGCCUAUGAAACAAUUUUUGAAGAUGAGGUAGAUGGUGAGAUAGAUAGUCGUUCCGAUGAAACAGCACAAAAUGCUUGUUCUGAGGAGGCGAGUAAGAAAGACAUUUCUGGUGCUUUUGGAGAUGGAAGGACAGUUCCUCAGAACACAGAGGAAGGUGUGGAGAAUAAACGACUCUCGCAGGGUAGUGAUGGGUCGUUUGGAUUUGAACCACACUAUGAAGAGGAUUUCAGUGGAUAUGUGGAAGGAAAGGAAUACUUUAAGAACUUGCCAACAUUCCAUCGUCUCCUGACAAGUGUCGAACAGGAGGAACUAGAUGACGAGCAACGUCAGAAGAACGAAUUGACUGCAUUACGGCUUGAAGAGCAGGUACCAGGACUGCAUGAGCAAAGUGACUAUGCCCAGGACAUGAUGGACACCCAUGCAAUGCGGACGGAAUACUGGGACUAUCCAUACCCUUCUAGAAGUGAUGCCUUUGACCAGGCCAUGAGGUCUGAAGAUAAGAGUGAACUUAUAGCGAAUAUGAGAAUGAAGAUCCGAGGGCGGUUAAGACAGCCUGGUAAUUCAAGUGGUGAUAGUGGAUGUCAUGACACUGAUGUGAAUCAUAGCUCAAUGGAUGAAUCAGACUCUACACAUCGUAUGCAUUCUCCCAACGAACAUGGCCAAGAAGUAAUUCAACAAGACACAACACAGACUCAAGAAGAAACGACUAAUCACACGGCAGAUUUUAGUAAAAAUAGAGAAGAUGAGAAAAUAGAAACCCCACUGGAAACAGAAGCUCCUUCUCCAGAACAAUUAUCUUCAAAUAGAAGGCAGAUCCUUGAAGGUCUUAAAAGAUUAAUUUCAUCUUCAGAAGAAACAUGUUACAGUAUGCCAGUUCCAGAAGACUGUAAUCAUCAAUCUGGUACACCAAAUUGUAACAGUUGUACCGAAUCUCGGUCAGAGAAUGAAGCACCCUCUAUCCCUGCAAGGCCAAUGACCCACGAACAGCUCAAAUUCAUACGCUAUGAAAACAUAACAAUAGUUAAGAAACGCGUGAACGGAGAAAGAAAUGGAUAUGAAGACAGUGACAAGGGUAGUCAAGCACACUCAUAUACCCAGAGCAACAAACAAGGUGCAGAUAAAUGUGACAACGAGAGUUCGAGAACUGAAAAGAACAAGAAGGCAAGAAUUGAAGAAUCAAUUGCGGAACCUAUUGAUAUUAAUUUGUCUGACCCUGAGGUAUUAGAAGCAACGAAGAGAAUGCAAUUGGCCUUUCGCAAGAGAAAGGAACUACAUGGAUCGAGAAAGUUUAGAUCAGUGCAGAGAAUAAGAACUGAAUCAGAUUCAAUCUCGUAUAGAUGUUCAGAACUUGGUAGUUCAGCGUCUUUAGAAAAACGUCAUCCGUUCCCGGGUGAUGUUUCAAUGGAGAAUGGUGAAGUUCAGAUGAACAAGCAUCAUUCGCUUCCAUCCGAUUUCAUGCACUCUCGCUCAGAAUGCAAUCUUAGUGGUGAGGAUUCAUUGCCCACUUCGUUCAAGAACAAAGACAUGACAAAGGAGAGGAUAUGCAAGAAGUUAUCCCGACAAAAAUCUGUAUCCCAAUAUCAGCCCUUUCCUGUCUCAUUAACUGAAAUGCGAGAGCAAACAUUAACAGAGAGUAACUUGACGAAUCAAUCCGUUUAUGAAAAUGACCAGGAAAUAGAGCUUUGUGAAAGCGCAAACCAUAGUAUGGUUUUGUCAGAAGAAGCAAGUGUCGAAGAAGUAUCAGUUACCAAGUUUUCUCCUCAUGUGCUUUCAUCUUCAAGUAAGGUUUGUGAGAUGGUGAAGCCGAAUAGUGCACUCUCCGAAACAGCCGAAGGCGAAGAUGUCGAUAAGAAGCUGAAAUGUAUCAUGGACAGUGACCAACAAUCACCGAAUACCUCACAAAAUGUUCAGCGAGAGUCCGUACCUGACGCUCUGCAGGAGCCUGACAUUGAUCUCAAAGAUCCCAAGGUCCAGGAUGCAUCUAAGAUGAUUCAGCAAGUCUUUCGUCGCAAGAAGUUGCACAGCAAGAGGAGCAAGGGGUCAGUAGAAGAGAAGGCGUGUAAGAAAGUACAAGCCAACAAAGCCUCUUCUGGAAAUGCGGGAUCAUUUCCAGAUACCCCUAUUAUCAAAGAAAACCCGAAGGCAUCGGACUUUGAGAUAACGGAUUCUCCUUUGAUAUUAAACACUGACACCACCGUAAAUGUAGUAAUUGCUGAUGAUGAUCUUGAUAAACACACCUUGUCAAAUGAACAGCAACUUGUGGACCGAACUGAAAAUACGUCGACAGCGAAUGGAAUAGAAUCAAGUGACGUUCCUGAUGAAAUUACACCUGCUCCAGUCAGCUAUCAAACAUACAAAGGUGUGAUGAUUGUCAAUGACAAGUUGUCAAACCAGCUAGAAAGUGAUUCUAAACCACCCUCACCGGAUGGUGGAAACAUCAUUCAUGCAGAUGCGAACGCCAAUUUCCGUUCAUCUUUUGACAAGAGCCAAAUGAUUAGACGAGCUUCAUCGAUUAGCGAGGCCAGUCUAGGUGAUGACAUCGACAUCGAUCUCCUGGAUGCCGAAGUAAAGGCGGUAACCGAGAAACUUCGAGGUGUGUCGUUUGAUGAAAUAUCUCCAAAUGAUGGGAAACUACAAGACAAUGAAUCAACAAAAGAGAUGAAUCUAGAACUUAAGGAGCAGGAUGCUGGAAACGAAAUAUCAACAGAACCACAAUCUUCUGCUAACCUUUUAGAUGAACCACUGGUCAAAGAGCAGGUAAGCGAGACGUCUAAGACAAUUGAGAAGGUAGAUAUUGAUUUAUCAGACCCCGAUGUUCAGAAGACAGCGUUCAAACUUCAAAGUGCCUUUUGGAAAAAGAGGACUUCUAGCAAAGCUAAGUCACAUACUACCUCCUCUAAGGAAGCAAUACGUGGAAAGAAAAGCGCUAGUGUUACCUCGAAGAAUGAGAAUGGGAGCUUAAUAGGAAAUAAAUUAGCAAAGGUGGAAUCAAUAGAGGCUCAGAGGAACCUCAAUGAUCUAGAUACUAAUGUGAACGAUACAAGGGAAUCACUUAAUGAAAUAUCUGAAAGACAAGGAGCAUUAACCUCAACACUGAAAUGCAAGGAGGGUGAUAAAGCAUUGCAAUGUACCAACAAUGACAGAACAGGAACACGUCCACAAAGCUCAAAUACAAACACGGGCAAUCUCGUCUCGACAUCAUCAAAAAAGGCGGAUGAGAUCGACAUAGACUUGAAUGAUACCAAAGUUAAAGAAGUGACAAAGAAAAUUCAGAACAUAUUCAAAAGAAAGAGAAAUCCAACGAAGACGGGUGAGACUGCUGGUAAGGGUGAGUCUAAGAAAUCUCUCGUCAGGUUGAAGUCGAAUGCUGCUAUUUCAUUAGGUUCAAAGCAUCAAACAAAGCCGAUGAUAUCGACCUCGUUUUUAGAUCGCGGUGAAAAGGGGAGAAAUGAUACCAAGCCAUCGAUGAUAUCAACUGAUUGCCAUGGCAACACUGACGACGAUGAGGGGAUAAUGCGGACUUCUAAUGGAUGUAGUGUAGGAGAACUUGGAAAGACUAGUGGCGGAGUCGUUAAAGAUAGCGAAAUAGGAGAUCUCACAGGAACAUCAGGUGAUAAGACGGAAUCACAGAGGAUAAAGGAAAGCCCCGCUCUGCCGAGCGUUGAUGAACGUGUCUCCUCAAAAACCGACUCAGUGACAUCAGACAAGCCUACGACUCCUAGCAUACCUUGCGAUGAUGGCAAUGAAAGCACAGCCGCUGAUGACGUCAAUAAUUCAGCACAUUCUGGUCCCGAUCAGUCGUCUUUGGCUGAAGGUGCGAAAGGUGAUAAGUUCAAUCUUGACAAAAAUGGAAGUAGACCUGUCAGUUCCGUACACUAUGCUGAUGUCGAGCAUUCUCAAAUACCCCCUUCAUCACCCACCGCUUCGUUGCUGCAAAUGCAUGAUGAAGUUGACAUCGAGAGGCUGAUGAUGACUUCAAUGACGACGAAAGAAAGUAAUGGACAUGUGAAAAUAAGCAACAACCCUGUCUCAUAUUCUCUGACGUCAUUGACCACCGCUCCGCUCAGUCGACGAACCCGUGAUCGAGAAGAUGAGGUCGAUAGUACUCGUUUGAAAUCAACCUCGACGACUGGUAUCAAUGGAAAAUCGCUUCAUGGCUAUCAUGACCAGGCAUCGGAUGACACUGAGUAUGAGACGGCCUACUCAGAUUUCUCGGACAGGGUAGAUGAACUAGAGAGGACGCUCGUCCAAGAAGAUAACAUGACAGAACUGGUACAGAUGGAGCCUUCUAUCCAACAUCACUCUCCUCGAUUUCUGAUUCGACCAAAGAGCGCAUCCUGUUUCCAUGGAGAUCGUGCUCGCUUUGUUUGCUGUAUAACAGGCUCACCCCGACCCGACAUCAGUUGGUUUGCUUCAGGUAAAGUGAUAAGACCCGAGAGAGACGACCGUUUGAAAAUCACAGACUACAGCGAAGACAACGAUGGCAAUGCUGGGGAUGACGCAUGCGCACUGGUGUCCAUUCUAGACAUCGUCGAGGUCAAGUUGGUGGACACGGGCGAGUACGCAUGCGUGGCUAUCAACUCGCAGGGUCAAGCAUUCACUUCCGCCCAACUCAAUGUCGAGGCACCAGAUCCUGGACUGACUGAUCCAUCUACGAGAGAUGAAAAUGACAGGUUGUCUGACGACCCUAAAAACGAGACAUCAAACAAGAACCUCGUCAACGCUGAAUCAAACCUGCAGGACCAGGUACACAUCUCAUCAGCAUCACUUCCUAGACAGAAGGUCCAAGCCCUUGUAGGAUCAAAGGCGUCUUUCUUCUGCCCUGUUGAAGGUGAGCCAUUCCCAGAUGUGAAAUGGUUUAAAGAUGACAUCCUCAUCACAUGUAACCAUGGUGAUGACCGCAUCACUAUUAGAGUUGAAGGUUGCAUCCAUUGUCUUCACAUCCGGGACAUCUCGCUUUCUGAUGCGGGUACAUAUGUGUGUAGUGCCGCCAAUGAUAAUGGAAUGGUGCUUUGUGUCAGCCUCUUGGAAGUGCAAGAAUCUUCAGGACCGACAGAAGAAAAUCAGCAGGUGAAACAGCGCACUCCGAUGUUGGUAAUUUCAGAGCCUGCAAUGUUCAGACAGUCUACCAGAGAACCCGCAUCCGUCGUAUCAACCAAAACCAGUAACGAGGAGACAGUUGUUCCCUUCGGUGAUUUAAACUCCGAUACCCCAAACCAUAGCAGCAGGAUCAGCUUCGAUGGAGAUGGGAUGAGGACGGUUAGAACUGACACUGUAGAAGAUUCAAGUAACAGUCCUCUAACAAACUCAGGUGGAGUAAACGACGAAAAUACUGAUGAAAUCCUAAGCUCAGUUUUGUCGAAGUAUGGUCCUGGAAAAUCCCAACAGAGUAUCUGCGAUGAUAGAUUAAGUGUUGCCAGCAAUGAUGGAGUGACGUGUAAGGAAUCGAACAGCUCGGAGACUUACGCAUCAGCAGAAGGGCCGCCAAGUGAUGAUAAUAAGCAAACUAAGAACAAAGUCUCAACUGCCACUUUUACCUCUGAAGGUAACGGUCUGACCGAGCCUAAACAUCAUAAAGGCUCUAAGCGGAGAUCGUCCCGUCGCAAUCAUGUCAAGUCACCAACAAAACUUAACCAUUCCCUGUCGCCAGCAGAUAAAGACAUCAUCGAAUUCGCUGAUAUAGACGACGUUAAUAGUCUGACGAGAAGUAAAUCCCCUAGAAAAAAGCGGUCAUCUAGUCGAAGAAAGAAAUCUCCCAUGCAUUCUAAGAAUGUAGAAAGGGUUCGCUUAGAUCUUGAAAAGGCCGAAGAGCUUACUGAGAAAGUUGAUUCGUGUCUGGACAUCAUCGAUGACCUGCUGACCCUGACUUCUUAUGAUGAAAAUGAAAAUGAAACAGAAGAAAAGUUGCGCCAAAAGUUGGACACACUGGUUCACAAGUUCGGCGACUCUGAAUCAGAUGCAGGAAGCUUGAGCUCCAUAAGGAGUACACCUUCGCAUCGCAGAAAAGAAAGGUUAAGGAAGGUAGAUCUUUUACAUAUGUCAGACAGCAAUGGGGAAUAUCUGGAUGGAUCUGAUGUGAAUAUAAAUGUAUCCAGGAUUCAUAGUGAUGGUAAUAUUUGGGGGCAGUGCAGUCUUGAGGAUUCACUGAAGGUAAUGUCUGAACUAGUGGGAAAUAUAUCAAUGACUGUACGCGAUCCAGGCUUGGAAGCUGAUGGCGUUGCCCAAACCAAUCCAGCAGAACCCGUCGUUAAUGGUCAAGAGACAAAUUUGAACAAUAACAACAGCAUUAAUCGGAAAGAAAUGGCUGGUACGGAUCUGCUCACUGGGCAUAAAGUCAAAAGAACACCGCUUCGUGAUCUGUUAAAGCAUAGUUUGUUCAGCCAAGAUUUAACGACGACAAGGCUUCGUCGGAGGCCUCUACCUGUUACAAAGUCACUAGACUCGAUAGAUGAUAAUACACACAUUCCUCGCAGCUCUGAUAGAAGUCGGAGACACAGUUUCGGUAGUUUGUAUGCACCUAGAUUAACACGACCAUCGCGAAAUCCUCUCUUGAGGACCUUAUCGAUAAGGAGACGCAAUCGUGCUCAUUCAACUGAUUCUUCUUCAAGCGAUGAUGACGUUCCUGAAAGGCUUCAAGGUAGGACCAUUGCCCUUCGUCCUAGACCACUGGACAUUGGACAAGCCUCCGAUGAUUGCCCAUCUCACGCAGAAUCCUCCGAUUCACUAACAAUCCACCUGGAAGAUAAAUUCCAACAGUUUCCUGAUGGCGACAGACUGUCCUCUCCAAUCGGUUUUGGAGACAGCGAUUGGAGUUUAGAAGAACACAGUCUACCUGAUCCUCUAAGUAGAACACGUCUAUCCGAUGAUGUGGAUUUUAUAUCUGGUACAGGGGGCUCUUCGGAACAUGCAGCUGAUCAAAGUGCACCUGAUUUGUUUAACGGUACGAUUGGUGAGAAAUCAUUAGCUGCGGGUCAGCACAGGAAGCACAGUAUAGACCAAAGUGGAAAUCAAUCAAAUCGAUGUAUUGAUACAGACUUCGGUUCUCAACAUGAAAAUACUAUCGGAGAAUCAUUGAAAGUAGUUCAUGGGGACCAAGCAUCACAGAACGGCGGGAAACGUGUAUCGACAGAAGACGUACAGACACAUAGGAUACCCCAGGAAAUCGGUUUAUAUACCAAAGACAAAGAAGUGGACAAUGGAGAUGAUCCAUCCGAUACUACACUUAAUAUAUCGAGAAAUGAUAAUGACUUUAGUUCUGGUGUUAGCCCAUAUUCGACAGAUGUAUAGAUUAGACCUUAAGACCUAACCAUUCUGCCUUGUACUUCAGUGCACUUAUCGUAAACUCUUUCAUAUGGAAUGAGAUACAUGGUGUGUGUUGGAAACAGUGCAAUAUUUCUUACAUCAACCGAUAGGAUUUGUACAUCUUA